UUUUCCUUUCACCCGGGUUCCCUCGGCCGUGAUUUCACCCCUCCCCCUCCUUCCUUCCCCUUUUGAAAUCAAGAUGGAGGCUCGCGGCUGCCGCCGGCGCCCGUGAUCCCGGAGCUCCCGCCCGCCCGGGCCCCCGCCCUCGCCACUGCGUGUCGGGCGCGGCGCGCGCUGCUGCCCGCGGUCCGGCCGGCCCCACCGAGGCCGUGGCUCCGCGCCCCCGCCCCGCGGCCGGCUCGCGGCUUCGGGCGGAGUCCUGGUCUAUGUGGGCGCGCUCCUCGGGCCGCGCCGCCGCCGCCGCCCGCCGCCCCGGGGCUCUGCGUCCGCGCGCCGGCCGCGGGCAGCUGGGCGCUCCGCGCCGCCAAGCCCGGCGGGGAGCGGGCGGCGCGCUGCGCUAGGGGCGCGGGGCCCGGGUCGGGCGCGGCCGCGGGGCGCCGCGGCAGCUAUGAGCGGCAGCAGCGGUGGCGCCGCCGCCCCCGCCGCGUCCUCCGGCCCCGCCGCGGCGGCCAGCGCGGCGGGCUCGGGCUGCGGGGGCGGCACCGGCGAGGGGGCUGAGGAGGCGGCCAAGGACCUGGCCGACAUCACGGCCUUCUUCCGAUCCGGGUUUCGAAAAAACGAUGAAAUGAAAGCUAUGGAUGUUUUGCCAAUUUUAAAGGAGAAAGUUGCAUACCUUUCAGGUGGCAGAGACAAACGUGGAGGCCCCAUCUUAACCUUCCCAGCCCGCAGCAAUCACGACAGAAUACGACAGGAGGACCUCAGGAGGCUCAUCUCGUACCUGGCCUGCAUCCCCAGUGAGGAGGUGUGCAAGCGUGGCUUCACGGUGAUCGUGGACAUGCGUGGCUCCAAGUGGGACUCCAUCAAGCCGCUGCUGAAGAUCCUGCAGGAGUCCUUCCCCUGCUGCAUCCACGUGGCCCUCAUCAUCAAGCCGGACAACUUCUGGCAGAAGCAGAGGACGAAUUUCGGCAGUUCCAAGUUUGAAUUUGAGACAAAUAUGGUCUCUCUCGAAGGCCUUACCAAAGUAGUUGAUCCUUCCCAGUUAACUCCUGAAUUCGACGGCUGCCUGGAAUACAACCAUGAGGAGUGGAUUGAGAUCCGAGUCGCUUUUGAAGACUACAUCAGCAGUGCCACCCACAUGCUCUCUCGGCUGGAGGAGCUUCAGGACAUCCUGGCUAAGAAGGAGUUGCCCCAGGAUUUAGAUGGGGCUCGAAAUAUGAUUGAGGAACAUUCCCAGCUGAAGAAGAAGGUGAUUAAGGCCCCCAUAGAGGACUUGGACUUAGAGGGACAGAAGCUGCUCCAGAGGAUCCAGAGCAGUGAUAGCUUCCCUAAAAAGAACUCGGGGUCAGGCAACGCUGACCUGCAGACCCUCUUGCCCAAGGUGUCCAGCAUGCUGGACAGGCUGCACUCCACACGGCAGCAUCUGCAUCAGAUGUGGCACGUGAGGAAGCUGAAGCUGGACCAGUGCUUUCAGCUGAGGCUGUUCGAACAGGACGCUGAGAAGAUGUUUGACUGGAUCACACACAACAAGGGUCUGUUUCUGAACAGCUACACCGAGAUUGGGACCAGCCAUCCUCACGCCAUGGAGCUCCAGACCCAGCACAAUCACUUUGCUAUGAAUUGUAUGAACGUGUAUGUGAACAUAAACCGCAUCAUGUCUGUGGCCACCCGCCUGGUGGAGUCCGGCCACUACGCCUCCCAGCAGAUCAAGCAGAUCGCCAGCCAGCUGGAGCAGGAGUGGAAGGCGUUUGCCGCGGCCCUGGAUGAGCGCAGCACCUUGCUGGACAUGUCCUCCGUCUUCCACCAGAAGGCGGAAAAGUAUAUGAGCAACGUGGAUUCGUGGUGUAAAGCCUGCGGUGAGGUGGACCUUCCCUCAGAGCUGCAGGAUUUGGAAGACGCCAUUCAUCACCACCAGGGCAUAUAUGAGCACAUCACCCUUGCUUAUUCCGAGGUGAGCCAGGACGGGAAGUCCCUCCUCGACAAGCUCCAGCGGCCCUUGACUCCUGGCAGUUCCGAUUCCUUGACGGCCUCUGCCAACUACUCCAAGGCUGUGCACCAUGUCCUGGAUGUCAUCCACGAGGUGCUGCACCAUCAGCGGCAGCUCGAGAACAUCUGGCAGCACCGCAAGGUGCGGCUCCACCAGAGGCUGCAGCUGUGUGUCUUCCAGCAGGAUGUCCAGCAGGUGCUGGACUGGAUUGAGAACCACGGAGAAGCAUUCCUGAGCAAGCACACCGGAGUUGGGAAAUCGCUCCAUCGGGCCAGAGCUCUGCAGAAACGCCAUGAAGACUUUGAAGAAGUAGCCCAGAAUACAUACACCAAUGCCGACAAACUGCUAGAAGCGGCCGAGCAGCUGGCCCAGACCGGGGAGUGUGACCCUGAGGAGAUUUAUCAGGCCGCGCAUCAGCUCGAAGACCGGAUACAAGAUUUCGUGCGGCGUGUGGAGCAACGGAAGAUCUUGCUGGACAUGUCGGUGUCCUUCCACACGCAUGUGAAGGAGCUGUGGACGUGGCUGGAGGAGCUGCAGAAGGAGCUGCUGGACGACGUGUACGCCGAGUCGGUGGAGGCCGUGCAGGACCUCAUCAAGCGCUUUGGGCAGCAGCAGCAGACGACCCUACAAGUGACAGUCAACGUGAUCAAGGAGGGGGAAGACCUCAUCCAGCAGCUACGGGACUCGGCCAUCUCCAGUAACAAGACGCCGCACAGCAGCUCCAUCAGCCACAUCGAGACGGUGCUGCAGCAGCUGGACGAGGCCCAGUCCCAGAUGGAGGAGCUCUUCCAGGAGCGCAAGAUCAAGCUCGAGCUCUUCCUGCAGCUGCGCAUAUUUGAGCGGGACGCCAUCGAAAUCAUCUCAGACCUCGAGUCUUGGAAUGACGAGCUUUCUCAGCAGAUGAAUGACUUCGACACAGAAGACCUCACAGUGGCAGAGCAGCGCCUCCAGCACCAUGCAGACAAGGCCUUGACCAUGAAUAAUCUGACUUUUGAUGUCAUCCACCAAGGGCAAGAUCUUUUGCAGUAUGUCAAUGAAGUACAGGCCUCUGGCGUUGAGCUGCUUUGUGACAGAGAUGUAGAUAUGGCAACUCGGGUCCAGGACUUGCUGGAGUUUCUUCAUGAAAAACAGCAGGAAUUGGACUUGGCAGCUGAGCAGCAUCGGAAGCAUCUGGAGCAGUGUGUGCAGCUUCGCCAUCUGCAGGCUGAAGUGAAGCAGGUGCUGGGCUGGAUCCGCAAUGGAGAGUCCAUGCUCAACGCCGGGCUCAUCACAGCCAGUUCCUUGCAGGAGGCCGAGCAGCUGCAGAGAGAGCACGAGCAAUUCCAGCACGCCAUCGAGAAAACCCACCAGAGUGCCCUGCAGGUGCAGCAGAAGGCGGAGGCAAUGCUGCAGGCCAACCACUACGACAUGGACCUCAUCAGGGACUGCGCGGAGAAGGUGGCCUCCCACUGGCAGCAGCUCAUGCUCAAGAUGGAGGACCGCCUCAAGCUCGUCAAUGCUUCCGUUGCCUUCUACAAAACUUCUGAGCAGGUCUGCAGUGUCCUCGAAAGCCUGGAACAAGAGUACAAGAGAGAAGAAGACUGGUGUGGAGGAGCUGACAAACUGGGUCCCAAUUCCGAGACGGACCACGUCACCCCAAUGAUUAGCAAGCACCUUGAACAAAAGGAAGCAUUCCUGAAGGCUUGCACUCUUGCUAGAAGGAAUGCAGAUGUUUUCCUGAAAUACCUGCACAGGAACAGCGUGAACAUGCCGGGCAUGGUGGCGCAUAUCAAAGCUCCUGAACAGCAGGUGAAAAAUAUCUUGAAUGAGCUCUUCCAGCGGGAGAACAGGGUGCUGCACUACUGGACCAUGAGGAAGCGGCGGCUGGACCACUGCCAGCAGUACGUGGUCUUCGAACGGAGCGCCAAGCAGGCUCUAGAGUGGAUCCAUGACAGCGGGGAGUUCUACCUGAGCACGCACACCUCCACGGGCUCCAGCAUCCAGCACACCCAGGAGCUCCUGAAGGAGCACGAGGAGUUCCAGAUCACCGCGAAGCAAACCAAAGAGAGAGUGAAGCUAUUGAUACAGCUGGCUGAUGGCUUUUGUGAAAAAGGGCAUGCCCAUGCGGCAGAGAUAAAAAAAUGUGUCACAGCUGUGGAUAAGAGGUACAGAGAUUUCUCUCUGCGGAUGGAGAAGUACAGGACCUCUUUGGAGAAAGCUCUGGGGAUUUCUUCAGAUUCUAACAAAUCGAGUAAAAGUCUUCAGCUAGAUAUUAUUCCAGCCAGCAUCCCUGGGUCAGAGGUAAAACUCCGGGAUGCUGCUCAUGAACUGAAUGAAGAAAAGCGGAAGUCUGCCCGCAGGAAAGAGUUCAUAAUGGCUGAGCUAAUUCAAACUGAAAAGGCUUACGUAAGAGACCUUCGGGAGUGUAUGGAUACCUACCUGUGGGAAAUGACUAGCGGGGUGGAGGAGAUCCCCGCUGGCAUUGUAAACAAAGAGCUCAUUAUCUUCGGAAACAUGCAGGAAAUCUACGAGUUUCAUAAUAACAUAUUCCUAAAGGAGCUGGAAAAGUAUGAACAGUUGCCCGAGGACGUUGGACAUUGCUUUGUUACUUGGGCAGACAAGUUUCAGAUGUAUGUCACCUACUGCAAAAACAAGCCUGACUCCACUCAGCUAAUCUUAGAGCAUGCAGGAUCCUAUUUUGAUGAGAUACAGCAGCGGCAUGGAUUAGCCAAUUCCAUCUCUUCCUACCUUAUCAAACCUGUUCAGCGAAUAACAAAGUAUCAGCUCCUUUUAAAAGAGCUGCUCACGUGCUGCGAGGAAGGAAAAGGGGAGAUCAAAGACGGCCUGGAGGUGAUGCUCAGUGUGCCAAAGCGCGCCAACGACGCCAUGCACCUCAGCAUGCUGGAAGGGUUUGAUGAAAAUAUCGAGUCUCAGGGAGAACUCAUCCUGCAGGAAUCCUUCCAAGUGUGGGACCCCAAAACCUUAAUUCGAAAGGGUCGAGAACGGCAUCUCUUCCUUUUUGAAAUGUCCUUAGUAUUUAGUAAAGAAGUGAAAGAUUCCAGUGGGAGAAGCAAGUACCUUUAUAAAAGCAAAUUGUUUACCUCAGAGUUGGGUGUCACGGAGCACGUGGAAGGAGAUCCUUGCAAAUUUGCACUGUGGGUGGGGAGGACACCAACUUCAGAUAAUAAAAUUGUCCUCAAGGCUUCCAGUAUAGAGAACAAACAGGACUGGAUAAAGCACAUUCGAGAAGUAAUUCAAGAAAGGACUAUCCAUCUGAAAGGAGCCCUCAAGGAGCCGAUCCAUAUUCCCAAGACAGCUCCUGCAACGCGGCAGAAGGGAAGGAGGGAUGGAGAAGAUCUGGACAGCCAAGGUGACGGCAGCAGCCAGCCGGACACCAUUUCAAUCGCCUCGCGGACCUCUCAGAACACACUGGACAGUGACAAGCUGUCCGGCGGCUGCGAGCUGACCGUGGUGAUCCACGACUUCACGGCCUGCAACAGCAACGAGCUCACCAUCCGGCGCGGCCAGACCGUGGAGGUCCUGGAGCGGCCGCACGACAAGCCCGACUGGUGCCUGGUGCGGACCACCGACCGCUGCCCCGCCGCCGAGGGCCUGGUCCCCUGCGGCUCGCUGUGCAUCGCCCACUCGCGGAGCAGCAUGGAGAUGGAGGGCAUCUUCAACCACAAAGACUCGCUGUCCGUCUCCAGCAACGAUGCCAGCCCGCCGGCCUCCGUGGCGUCCCUCCAGCCCCACAUGAUGGGCGCCCAGAGCUCCCCCGGCCCCAAGCGCCCCGGGAACACCCUGCGCAAGUGGCUGACGAGCCCCGUGCGGCGCCUGAGCAGCGGCAAGGCCGACGGGCACGUGAAGAAGCUGGCGCACAAGCACAAGAAGAGCCGCGAGGUGCGCAAGAGCGCCGACGCCGGCUCGCAGAAGGACUCGGACGACAGCGCGGCCACGCCGCAGGACGAGACCCUGGAGGAGAGAGGCCGAAACGAGGGCCUGAGCAGCGGCACCCUCUCCAAAUCCUCAUCCUCGGGGAUGCAGAGCUGCGGAGAGGAGGAGGGCGAGGAGGGGGCGGACGCCGUGCCCCUCCCCCCGCCCAUGGCCAUCCAGCAGCACAGCCUCCUGCAGCCAGACUCGCAGGAUGACAAGGCCUCUUCUCGCUUAUUAGUCCGCCCCACCAGCUCCGAAACGCCGAGCGCAGCAGAGCUUGUCAGUGCAAUUGAGGAACUCGUGAAAAGCAAGAUGGCCCUGGAGGACCGUCCCAGCUCUCUGCUCGUGGACCAGGGGGACAGCAGCAGCCCCUCCUUCAACCCUUCCGACAACUCGCUCCUCUCCUCCUCCUCGCCCAUCGAUGAGAUGGAAGAAAGGAAAUCCAGCUCUUUAAAAAGACGGCACUAUGUUUUGCAAGAAUUAGUGGAGACAGAGCGCGACUAUGUCCGGGACCUGGGCUACGUGGUUGAGGGCUACAUGGCACUUAUGAAAGAAGAUGGUGUUCCUGAUGACAUGAAAGGAAAGGACAAGAUUGUGUUUGGCAACAUCCAUCAGAUUUAUGACUGGCACAGAGACUUUUUUUUAGGAGAGUUGGAGAAGUGCCUUGACGAUCCAGAAAAACUAGGAUCCCUUUUUGUUAAGCACGAGAGAAGGUUGCACAUGUACAUAGUUUAUUGUCAAAAUAAACCAAAGUCUGAGCACAUUGUCUCAGAAUACAUUGAUACCUUUUUUGAGGACUUAAAGCAACGCCUUGGCCACAGGUUGCAACUCACAGAUUUGUUAAUAAAACCAGUGCAGAGGAUUAUGAAAUAUCAGCUGUUACUGAAGGACUUCCUCAAGUAUUCCAAAAAAGCUAGCCUGGACACGUCGGAAUUAGAGAGAGCCGUGGAGGUCAUGUGCACGGUGCCCAAGCGGUGCAACGACAUGAUGAACGUCGGCCGGCUGCAAGGAUUCGACGGUAAAAUUGUCGCCCAGGGUAAGCUGCUCCUGCAGGACACCUUCUUGGUCACAGACCAGGAUGCGGGACUUCUGCCUCGCUGCAAAGAGAGGCGGGUUUUCCUCUUCGAGCAAAUCGUCAUCUUCAGCGAACCACUUGAUAAAAAGAAGGGCUUUUCCAUGCCAGGAUUCCUGUUCAAGAACAGUAUCAAGGUGAGCUGUCUCUGCCUGGAGGAUAAUGUGGAAAACGAUCCCUGUAAAUUUGCACUGACCUCAAGGACAGGUGAAGUGGCAGAGACCUUCAUUUUGCAUUCGUCCAGUCCGAGUGUCCGGCAAGCAUGGAUCCAUGAAAUCAACCAAAUUUUAGAAAACCAGCGCAAUUUUUUAAAUGCCUUGACGUCGCCCAUUGAGUAUCAGCGGAACCACAGCGGGGGCGGCGGCGGCAGCAGCGGCGGGGGCGGCGGCGGGGCUGGGGGCGGCGGCGGCGGCGGGGGCCCCGGCGGCGGCAGCAACCACGGCGGGGGCGGCCCCGGCAGCAGCAGCGGCACCCCCAGCUCGAGCAGGAGCAGGCCCUCGCGGAUCCCCCAGCCCGUCCGACACCACUCCCCAGUGCUGGUCUCCUCUGCAGCCGCGAGCCAGGCAGAGGCAGACAAGCCGUCAGGUACGUGCACCCCCAGCCCCUCGCUGCCUCCCCCCAGCAGCGGCCCGGCCCCGGAGGCCGGCCCCGGGCAGCCGGCCAGGCCCCAGCCCGGUGGAGGAGGCGAAGGUCCCGAGCGAGAAGCGGAGCCCAUCCCCAAGAUGAAGGUGCUGGAGAGUCCCCGGAAAUGCGCCGCCGGGGCAAGCCAGGACGGAGCCCCCAAGGAGGCGCGGGGGACCCCCGAGGACGGCCGCUCGCGGAGCAGCCUGGGCUCCCUGCCCCUGGGCAAGCCCCGGCCCGGGGCCACCUCGCCUCUCGGCUCUCCGCUCUCCACCACGUUCCCUUCUCUCGGCAAGGAGCCGCUGCCCCCCAGCAGCCCCCUGCAGAAAGGGGGCUCCUUCUGGAGCUCCAUGCCCGCCUCCCCCGCCAGCCGGCCCGGCUCCUUCACCUUCCCCGGGGACAGCGACUCCCUGCAGCGGCCGGCGCAGCGCCACGCGGCCCCCGGCAAGGACACGGACCGCAUGAGCACCUGCUCCUCGGCCAGCGAGCAGUCGGUGCAGUCCACCCAGAGCAACGGGAGUGAAAGUAGCAGCAGUAGCAAUAUCUCCACCAUGUUGGUGACACACGAUUAUACGGCAGUGAAGGAGGAUGAGAUAAACGUCUGUCAAGGAGAGGUCGUUCAGAUUCUAGCCAGCAACCAACAGAACAUGUUCCUGGUGUUCCGAGCCGCCACCGAGCAGUGCCCUGCGGCCGAGGGCUGGAUCCCGGGCUUCGUCCUGGGCCACACCAGUGCAGUCAUCGUGGAGAACCCUGACGGGACCCUCAAGAAGUCAACGUCUUGGCACACAGCACUCCGUUUAAGGAAAAAAUCUGAGAAAAAAGACAAAGACGGCAAAAGGGAAGGCAAGUUAGAGAACGGUUAUCGAAAAUCACGCGAAGGCCUCAGCAACAAGGUAUCUGUGAAGCUUCUCAAUCCCAACUACAUUUACGAUGUUCCCCCAGAAUUUGUCAUCCCUCUGGGUGAGGUCACGUGCGAGACAGGGGAGACCGUUGUUCUCAGAUGUCGUGUUUGUGGCCGCCCCAGGGCCUCCAUCACCUGGAAGGGCCCCGAACACAACACCUUGAACAACAAUGGCCACUACAGCCUCUCCUACAGUGACUUGGGAGAGGCUGCCCUGAGGAUCGUCGGCGUGACCCCAGACGACGACGGCAUCUACACGUGCAUCGCUGUGAACGACAUGGGUUCAGCCUCGUCCUCAGCCAGCCUCAGGGUUUUAGGUCCAGGGGGUGACGGGAUUGUGGUGGCCUGGAAGGACAGCUUUGACUCCAUCUACAGUGAGGUGGCCGAGCUCGGCAGGGGCAGAUUCUCUGUCGUCAAGAAAUGUGAUCAGAAGGGAACCAAGCGAGCUGUGGCCACCAAGUUUGUGAACAAGAAGCUGAUGAAGCGCGACCAGGUCACCCAUGAGCUUGGGAUCCUGCAGAACCUCCAGCACCCCCUCCUCGUGGGCCUCCUCGACACCUUUGAGACCCCCACCAGCUACGUCCUGGUUCUGGAGAUGGCUGACCAGGGCCGCCUGCUGGAGUACGUGGUACGGUGGGGAGACCUCACUGAAGGCAAGAUCAGGAUGUACCUGGGGGAGGUUCUGGAAGCCGUCAGGUACCUGCACAACUGCAGGAUCGCACACCUGGACCUAAAGCCUGAAAACAUCCUGGUGGAUCAGAGUGUAGCCAAGCCAACAAUCAAACUGGCUGACUUUGGAGACGCUGUCCAGCUCAGCACCACCUACUACAUCCACCAGCUGCUGGGGAACCCAGAGUUUGCAGCCCCCGAAAUCAUCCUCGGGAACCCUGUCUCCCUGACCUCGGACACGUGGAGCGUGGGGGUGCUCGCGUACGUGCUGCUGAGCGGCGUGUCCCCCUUCCUGGACGACAGCGUGGAAGAGACCUGCCUGAACAUUUGCCGCUUGGACUUCAGCUUCCCAGAUGACUACUUCCAAGGAGUGAGCCAGAAGGCCAAAGAUUUCGUGUGUUUCCUCCUCCAAGAGGACCCUGCCAAGCGUCCUUCGGCCGCACUGUCCCUCCAGGAGCACUGGCUGCAGGCGGGCCACGGCAAGGGCACGGACGCCCUCGACACGUCGAGGCUGACGGCCUUCAUUGAGCGGCGCAGACACCAGAACGACGUUCGACCUAUCCGUAGCAUUAAAAACUUCUUGCAGAACAGGCUUUUGCCUAGGGCUUGACCUAUCUUGAAGUUCUUUCUCAUUCUCUUUCACCUGCCAAUCAGCUGUUAAUCUGAUUUUGAAGAGGGAGGUAAAAAAAAAAAAAAAAAAUAGGAAAAGAAAAGAAAAAGUAACUCAUCAGCUGCCGGAAAGUUCAUCGUGUGAAAU